AGGACCGCAAAUGAAAGUGAAAGAUUAAAAUAGCAAGAAAAAUAACUGCAUAUUAUCAGAUCUGACCGGAGACCUGAGCUUUGCUUUGCUUCCUCAGUGAUGGUUUGUCUCGGGGCUGUGUCAGGCAUGUGAAUUUCACCUACUUUCUGGAUGCAAAGGGGUAACAUCUACCCAUUCCUUUAUUUAUUUGGAAGCAAUGUGGGUCACACACAGAGAAGCCAUCUGAGACCUGGAAAGCUGUCUGGAUUGAAAAUAAAACAAGAAGAAUGAGACACCAGCCAGGAUCCCUGCCCUGAGAGGAAGGUGAAGAAAGAAAGAAAGAAAGAAAGAAAGAAAGAACAUGCAGACACCAAACCUGUAGAUUUAUGACAUUCUUUUUGCUCCAUUAAGGACAGAUAUUUUUCCCCUUACAGACAUGCAGCAUAAAGGCAUCAUGCUGAUUGUGUUCUUGGAGUACAUUGUUUCUGGUCAUGGUGAGGCAGAUCCAGUAAAGCUACGAACCUUCCGCUGCGACGGCCACUCCUGCAAUCCUCCGGUAGGGAAUCUAGCGACCGGCAGGACUCCAGUCUCUCUUACCACAUGUGGGCAGAACAGCACAGAACUGUAUUGCUUCUACCCAGACCAGCACCUCCUUCACUGGGCCUCCCAAGGCUGUGGGCAGCCCCGAUGCACUAAGUGCAAUGCCAAUCAGCCUGAUAACUCCCACCUCCCCUCUGAUAUGACAGAUGAUUUCUUCCUAAAUCCUGGCUCCUGGUGGCAGUCUGCACAAGGGGUACACAGGGAAGAAAUCAGGCUGGACUUGGAAACAGCGUUCUACCUGACUCACGUCAUUGUAGUGUUCAAGUCGCCGCGCCCAGCUGCGAUGGUACUGGAGAGGUCUCAGGACAAUGGCCAGACGUGGAGACCCUACAAAUAUUUUUCCGUCAACUGUACAGCAACGUUUGGGCUUCAAGAUGAUCUUAUUGAAGAGGGCUCUCUGUGCACUUCCAGGUAUUCAGAUGCAGUGCCUUGCACUAGAGGUGAGGUGAUCUAUCGUGCCUUAACUCCAACCAACAAGAUCGAAGACCCAUAUGGUCCUGAGGCCCAAGACCUCCUGAAACUCACCAACCUGCGCCUCCUUUUAUUAAAAAGGCAGGAGUGUACCUGCCAAGAUUUGGGAUUGCUGGAGAAACCCCAGAGGUUUGCCCACUAUGCUAUCUAUGAUCUGAUUGUCCGGGGGAGUUGCUUCUGUAAUGGUCAUGCAGAAGAAUGCCAGCUUGCCAAUGGGACAGGAAACACAGAGAAUGUGGUCCACGGGAAGUGUGUGUGCAGACACAACACAGCAGGGAACCACUGUGAAAGGUGUGAACCAUUAUACAAUGACCAGCCUUGGAAGCCAGGAGAUGGAAAAACUGGGGCACCAAAUGAAUGCAGAAAGUGCCGUUGUCACAACCAUGCUGAUAGCUGCCACUUCAACCUGAGUGUUUGGCUGGCAUCGGGGAAACACAGCGGUGGAGUAUGUGACAACUGCAAACACAACACGGAGGGACAUCGAUGUCAAAGGUGCAAACCAGGAUUUUACAGAGAUAGGGGAAAACCUAUGUCUUCCCCAGAGGUCUGCAAACCUUGCUCCUGUCAGCCUAUGGGAUCGGCCAAUGCAACCUUCAGCAGAAGCUGGCGGUGCCACCCAAAGACGGGGUUCUGUUACUGCAAGCCAGGCGUGGCAGGCCCGAACUGUGACAGAUGCCUUAUGGGAUACUGGGGCCUUGGAGAGAAUGGCUGUCGUCCUUGUGACUGUGCCAGAGACUGCGACCCGCACACUGGAAACUGUUUCAAUGGUUAUGACAAUGAGCCAUUUUUCAACAUCCCCAUGGGUGGGCGAAUCCCUGACCUCCUACAAAUGCCAGCCAAUGAAAGUGAUGAGUGGAAAUGGAAUGAUCAUGAGCAGGGAUUUUCUGCAUUGAGACAUCCAGAAAAGUGUGUGUGCAAAGAGAAAGUGCUCGGAAGUGUCACUGAUUUCUGCCAGAUGAAAUAUGCAUAUGUGAUUAAAGCAAGAAUCCUAUCAGCUCAUGACAAAGGAACCCAUGCGGAAGUCGUAGUGAAGGUAAAGAAAGUCCUGAAAUCAGGCAAAGUGAAAAUUGCCCGGAGUAACAGAAGUAUCUAUCCAGAGUCCUGGACCAACCGGGGAUGUACAUGUCCCAUUCUCAAUCCUGGAACAGACUACCUGAUAGCAGGCCAGGAGGAUUCAAGGACCAGCAAACUCCUUGUGAAUAUGAACAGUCUGGUGAAACCCUGGAAGGCGUAUUUGGGGAAACAAGUAGCAGACAUUCUUCGAACUGGGUGCAAAUAAUUUCUUCUUCAGAAGUUUAAGUCACAAACUUUAUAAUUUAAUAGCACUGUGGAGAAAGGUGUAGCUAGUUCAUAUAUUACCAUGCAACACGUUCCUAGCUAAGGGGACAAGAGUGGACUUAUCCUCCUGUCCCUCAUUAUGUGCUUAAACCAGGAAUCCUUGGACAUGACUUUUCUUCAUAAAUACACACUGUCUUAUAUGAAAUUAACCAACCCAUCACAUGUAGGUUACAAAUCACAGUUCUUAGCUUGCAGCCAUUUUCACAGCUCCCAGAAAUUCACUCUCAUGGGAGAAGCAGAAGCUAUGGUUUAUGUUUUUCCACUCUUCAGGAAUGAAUCUGCUAUCGAUACCUAUAAACCGCUUGCAUAGUGCAUUCAUUACUUGGCUGUCAUUUGCUUUAUUUAAGUGGCCAUUAAUGGGCAAAAAAAUUUCAGCUUUGCAGGUGGCAAAAUAUUAAACAGUCAGCAUGUCAAAUGACAUUUGAUUUGUUUGAAAAGAGCUCAGUUAUUUUUAUUUACCAAGCAAACUGCAGUUGGAUCAAUAUCAGACACGCUGCUUUCUAGAGUGAAAAUAUCACAUUGCUGCACAGAGACUAAUGCUGGAACUUUAUCUGGUGAGGGCCUCUACAGAUGGGAGUUGUCGAAGUCAAUGCCUAAUGUGAAAGCACUGCUGGCUCAGUGUGGAAUUCUGACACCACACUCAUCUGUUCUAUCAAAGGUCUCCUCUUUGCUGUUGUAACAUUGCUAUUAGUACUGUCACACAACAGGUUUCAGAAUGACUGCUGCUAAAGAGCCUUGUACCAGUCGAGUAGUGUCAAGCUGCAGCUCCAGCCCCACAGGAGAAGGUGAUGGAAGCUGGCCCAGAUUUGAGUUUGUGAAGCUACAACAGAUAGAGGUGUGAAGGUGCAGCAGGCUGUACCAAUUUGAGGAUUAAGCGAGGUGUUGAUGGCUGACAGGGCAGCUACCUUGUUACUCUGAUCAAUGCCCUUGAGGCCAUGCUCAUUAUUUAAUUGUUGCUACCAUUUUCACUAUGCUCUGUUACUCUUGCCUCCUUUAUGUGUUGUAAUAGUCAAGUGAAGUUACCUUCCAGUUGUGCUUGAAGUUUGUUUAGCAUGAGGAAUAGGGGUGGUAGCAUCUCCACUCUAAAUAAAGUCCUGCUGUUCUGCAGCAGGAGUCCCCAUAGAAUUGUUUUAGUCUAUUCCACAGUUAGUAAGAAGCCAGUUUGUGGAAAUGUGAGUUCCUCAGAGUACCGUGAGGGGAAGGGAAUGAUCUCCUACCGGUCUCUGCCCAAGUGACAGGAAACUCAUGACCAAACUGAGAGGGUAAGGAGUAUGUUCCAUUGAUAAGUAAAGCAUAAGUCAGAACUUUGUUCAAAGAUAUCCUUUUUUUUGGUUUAUGUAGAGCAAGGGUUCUCAAACUGGGGGUCAGGA